AAUGCAGAGUUGGGAAGAAAAGGCAAUUCUUCUAGAAUCUUGCUCAUCACUACAAUGUUUAGAUUUAUCUAACAAUAGAUUAAUGGGAGAUAGAUUUAAAAAUAUUUGCAAUGGAAUAUCUUCAUCAUGGGAGUUUAUAAAAGAAAUAAACUUGAAAAAUUGUUAUCUGACUGAAAAACAAGGAAAAUGGCUUGGAGAUACUUUGAAAAAAUGUACUUCAUUAGAAAGUCUUAAUUUAUCAUAUAAUAGAUUAGGUGAAGAAGCUUUUGAAACAAUAUGUGAUGGAUUAAAGUCAUCCUCUUCAAAAUUAAGUGAAAUGAAACUGAUAAGCUGCUUCUUGAGUAAAAGAGAUGCAAAUUCCCUUUCAAAAAUAUUGAAACAAUGUACUUCAUUAGAAACCAUUGAUUUCUCUGAAAAUGAAGAAUUAGGCAAUGAAUUUGAAAAGAUUUUUGAAAACUGUUCUAAAAAAUUGAAAAGUCUGAAACUCUCUAAUUGUAAACUAAAUCAAAUUGAUGCUCACAGUCUACAAGAGUUAAUAGAAGUUUGUCCAUUUUUAGAAGUUAUAGAUUUAUCCAAUAACAAGGAAAUGGGAGACGGAUUCCGAUCUAUAUGUCAACAGUGGUCAAAUGGUAACUCAUUAAAAGAAAUAAAUUUGUCUCACUGUAAUCUUUCUAAAACACAAGCAGAAUUGUUUGGAAAAGCACUUGAGAAAUGUGAAAAGAUAAAAACUCUGGACCUGUCAGGAAAUAAAAACAUUAAGGAAGCAUUUUAUGAGAUAUUUAGGUCACUGAAAUGUAAAAAACUUAAAGACAUUAAUAUAUCAGUAUGUGGAAUUGCUAUUGAUACUGCCUUUUAUUUUAGAGAAGCACUUGAGCACCAUUCUUCAAUAGAAAAUAUAAAUGUGUCAUCAAACCAAGAUGUUGACUUGAUUUUCCAAGCACUUAUAUCAUCAUCAAAAGUAUUAAAAAAAAUUAACAUAGCUCACUGCAAUUUAACAAAAAUGGAAGCCUUAGUUUUCUAUAGUUUAAUAAAGAGUUGCACAGCACUCAGAGAGGUGAAUUUGACUGAUAAGAAGUCAUUUGGACUGGAUAAACUCACCAAUAAAUCUUUUGGGUCAAACCAAAGACAAUUAAUGAGAAAUAUUAACCUGCAUAUGGCCAUUGGAAUCCAGACUGCAAAGGAAGUGAUCCACUAA